AUGUGCUUCCAGAUCAUCCGCUCCUUCUCCUGCGGCUGCGCGCGUCACCACAAGCUCGAAUGCUGCGUGAGCAAAGCCCUGCGCCUGUCAUCAUCCACCACGGGCGUCGCUCCCCUUAGCCCCGGCGAAGGCUGCGACUGGACCAUCUCCGGCCCGCGCCGUUUUCGUUUCAGCACACCGUGCCAAACCUGCGCGUACGCACAGUGCAUCUGGCUGACCGGCAACUUCUCCAUCUCGUCCAAAGGCUCGGCCUGGACUGGGCUGAUGAAGAACGGGGCUGCGGCCGAGCGCGUCGUGGGGUUUCGCUGGUUGAGGGAGACGAGAGCGAAGCUUAAGAGGACUUUGCAAGAGAGGGACCGGGAGGAGAAGGAUGGCGAGGAUUUUGAGUGGAGGACGGAGCAUUGGAGACGGAUGUUACAGAGGAAGAGGAUUAGGAGAGAGGUGAGGAACAGGUGGAGGGAGAAGAGGAGAGGGAGGGAAGAGAGGGGACUGUAA